CAAGCAUGUCUGUCAUGGACCAUUUCCAAACUUACUAGUAGUGGCUGUGAUCUGUAUCUGCUGCAUGAAUCAUUUUUCUCUACUCAAGAUGUUAUGGGUUGAACUUUCAACUUUCUAUUCUCUAAAUUUCUAGCUAGCAAGGUCACACUCUUGUCAACUUCCGAAGAUGAAGAAAAUAGAUAUGUUUUGUGCAUCUCAAGCUUCAACAGCAAUACGCAUGAGCAUGGAUCGGCCUUCUUCCUCCUCCUCCACCAUUCAGCCCGGUGGCCCAACCAUUGAUCGCUGCAACCCCGUCAUCAGAGACCAAAAAAGAAUCUCAAGAACUCUCCCUUUAGUUCCUUGUACUUCUCAACCACCACCCAUCAACCCCGUCCCUUAUCAGCUACUUCACAAGAGCCAAAAAAGCACUUCAAAGAAUAAAGCCAGUGAUCAAAACAGCAACAAGAAGUCGAACUCUACAAAACCAAAACCCAAACCAAAUGAUCAAAAGAACAAGAAAAUCUCUUUUAAGUCAGCUGAUAUUGAUGAUGAUGAUAAGAAGAGUGCUGCUUCUCUUAAUGUUCCAAAAGAUAUUGUUAGAAAGAGCUGGGCUAAGCCUGGGGGUUCUAUUAUUGCCUCUCCUGGCUCGUCUAGAAAUCUUUUGGGUGACGCAGCUUUCGUUGAUGGGAUACCAGACUAUGAUCCAGUUUCAGCACAGCUAGUUCCUGUUGAACCCAACAUGAGUACUCAAGCUUUAAGUAAAGAGGAAUCUGCCGCUUCGAGACCAUCUUCAUCUUCAAGUCCGAAUCAGGUAGUGGUUUUGAGAGUAUCAUUACACUGCAAAGGUUGCGAGGGAAAAGUGAGGAAACAUCUGUCCAGAAUGGAAGGUGUGACAUCUUUCAACAUAGACUUUGCAGCGAAGAAGGUGACUGUUGUAGGGGAUGUGACCCCAUUACGCGUCCUGGCGAGUGUGUCAAAGAUCAAAAGUGCUCAAUUAUGGACGUCUACGACCCCUCCUGCUGGCUCAAAUUAACACAGAGAAGUGAACAAGAAAUAAUAUACACUUAAUAUUGGGCGAUUAAUCUAAGCUAAUUAAGUGUGAUUAGGUGCUUAAUUUAGUGUAAAUGCAGGCUUAGCAUGAGUGGCUGGACCCGAAUCUUUGUCUCUUAGAAGUUAGUAAGGAUCAGAUUAGGAGUGGUCAUCUGGUUCACUUCUCGACUAACAAUCUGGGACCUAAUUUGUUCCUGUGUGGUCGAAAGAAGGAGUGCAGUUUUUAAAUUAGGCAAUGUUGGAAUAAAUUAAAGACUUUUUAGCUACGCUCAUAAAGCAGUGGCCCAUUUUUAAA